GAAUGUGAGUACCCUCAAAAAAUGCCAAAAAUAUGAUUUUUAUCCUUUUUGCGGAUAUAUUCAGUACAGAAAACUGUUGAAAAGUGUGGUUAUAACUUUAAAUAUAAGUUGUAUGCACAGAUUCAUUUUCAUUUUCAGCACAAUUUGCAGAAUUGAAACCCAGGCAUAAACAGUAAUAAUAGUUUAUCAAUAAUAUCAUUUCCCUAUUUCAGAUCUUGAACAUUUCAACUUGUCGCAAGUGAAAAAAUGGCUUCUAGUAGUAGUAGUAGUAGUAGUAGUACACCCUUUACAAGAUCACAGGCCAAAAAGACACUUUGUGGUGUGGACUACAUAGAGAAGGCAGAGUUUCCAAGUGGAAUGCUUCCAACAGGCAAGGACAUCAUACAGAACAUGCUGUAUCUUUUGCAGCCAAAGCGGGCCGGCCAGCCCCAACGAUCAAGGGAUGCAGCAGCUCAGCUGCUUGCUGAACUGGUCCAGGAACACUGGCUGUUUUGCAACCUGUACACCAUCCACACCAGGCACAUAAAGAAGCACAUUUUGAAGCUGUAUGGUGACUUUCUGACUCUGGUUCAGACACGAAAACAGCGACAAAAUGAUAGUUUCUCCAAAAGAGCAGAGACAUUCAACAGUCGAACACUGGAGGUGUUUGACAUCUUCUGUCAGGACCCUGUAAUACGCAGGAAACUGGAGCUGAAGCAUGGUGUAAAGAUGAGUGACAUGGAGUGGAACUUUCUCAGUGAUCAGAGAGCUGAAAGGAAAAUGUACUGUGAAGACUUUGUUGACCGCAAAUGGAUGAAGACAAUGGAGCGCAGGCAAAAGGAGAUGCAAGCCGUUGAUCAAAUGAGAGAAGAAGCUGAAAAAGAAAAGGAGCUGAGCCAGCCAGUUGCCUAUUUUGAGGACAGUGACCAGUCAGAGGAAGGUGACCACAGUAUGGACACAGAUGCGGCCUUCUCAUCCUGUGAUGAAUGCUCCAGUGCAGCUGAGACUGAGGAGACUCAGAGUCAGACAAAGAAGCGCAGGUUGUCUUCCACAGUCACUCUCACUCAACCAGGAGACAAACUGCCCCUAAAAUACCAGCACAUCCGUGAGAGCAUAAGAAAAGUUAGGCCAGAGUUUUAUGAGACUAUUGAUAAACUGAAGAGCUGUUAUCACAUGUCCGAAGCCCAGGCUGAAGCAUCUGUCAUAACGGUCGAAUCCAAGAGUAUCAGGGAAGCCUGCAAGAGCAUCGAAGUUCUGGCACUAGAUGAGAUUGUCAAGGAGAUCAUGAACUCUGAUGAACAAGUUGUGGUGACCUACUCUGAUGAUGGCUCAAAAAAACAGGGUGCUGGGUCAUUUUCUGUGCAGGGAAUCAUGAUCAAUGGAACAUACAGGGCACUACCCACCAUGAGCAUUGCUUCGGAGUCCAGGAAAAACUUAGCAGCUCUCAAAUUGGCAGUCCUUGAGAUUCUGGAGGCAGCAAGUGGUGUCCCAUCCAAAAGUCUGUUCGAGAAAAUUGACUUUGUGAUAACAGAUCAGACAGCACACAAUAUCCAUGUGGACGAACUGGUAGCAGAGAGUCUAGAAUCCGAGCACAUCCCAGACCACCUUUUCUGCAAUGUACAUCCAACUCUGAUGUUCAACCGGGUCAUCACCAAGCAGUGGGCUGAAAUAGAGAACACACUGGGUAGAGACAAGAUCUACUCGAACUUCCUUGUCAAUGCAACAACAACAGCAACUAGUGUCACUGAACAAGCUCUUGACUGCAUGACACGACUUGUCAAUCACGACUUUGACCUCUUUCGCUUCAUGAAGGACCACAAGAAGCUGCCCAUGAACACAUAUGCAGUGAAUCUGAAACUGUACCUCAAAAACAUUACCUCAAAUGCAGAUGUGACUUUGGAUGACUUUAGUAAAGCCAUGGAUACAAUUCUGGCUGACCGAGACUAG